AUGGCUACUACAUCAGACGUGAAGGUCACGCUCUACUGGCUCGAAAAGUCGCGCUCCCAGCGCAUCCUCUGGCUCCUCGAGGAGCUCAACGUUCCCUAUGAGGUUAAAACGUUCAAGCGUGGCAAGGAUAUGCUCGCACCCAAAGAGCUGCGGGAGAUUCACCCGCUGGGGAAAUCACCUGUUAUUUCCGUUCAAAGCUCUGCGACACCCAAGCCCAUCGUGAUCGCGGAGUCGGGUAUGAUUGUCGAGUAUCUCUGCGACCACUUUGGCGGGGACAAACUCAUUCCGACGCGGUAUGCCGAGGGCAAGGAAGGACAGAUCGGUGGGGAGACCGAGGAGUGGCUGCGGUAUCGCUAUUACAUGCAUUUCUCGGAGGGCAGCUUGAUGCCUUUUCUGGUGUUCAAGUUGGUCACUGAUACUAUGAAAUCUCCCCCUGGUCUCCCAUUCUUCCUGAGACCCAUCCCUCGUAUAGUGGCCGGACAGGUUGAACAACAAUUCGUCAACCCAAACCUUGAGCGCACACUUGACUUUCUUGAAGACCAGCUUAAGUCCGCGCCUGGUGGUGGGCCGUUUUUCUGCGGUAGCAAGGUUACGGCUGCCGAUAUCAUGAUGAGCUUCCCCUUGGUUGCGGCCAACAUGAGAAUGCCGUUGAAAGAGAAGUACCCGCGCAUGGCGGCCUUUGUCGAAGCCAUUGAAAAAGAAGACGGAUACAAACGUGCCAUUGAGAAGAUCAAAGAGGUAGAUGGGAAGUUCGAGGCUUCCCUUUAA